GUGCCCGGCCGGGGUCGGACCUUCUCCGGCUAGAAACCGCCCCGGAUUCUGCUGACGGUAACUCCUGAGCUGUGACUCCAGGUGACUGAGACCUUGGGGCUGGACAGGUGACUGACUCUGCACAGUCCCCCCCCCCCCCCGCCAUCUCUGCUCCCCGGGUGUCCAGAAUCCCAGAGUGCUGCAUCACUAAGGCCAGAAGGAUCCUUCUAUCCGUGAGUCUGAUCCCCUGCCACCGGCUGUCUGUUGUGUCCAGUAAGCUGCCCUUCUCACCCUGCCAGGCUGCAGAAUGAUGUCUACAUCUCGCUCCAGCUCAUCCCAUCCUCCCAUGGGGCAGGGAAGAGAGAUCGCUGCAGUGGAGCCAGCUCAUGUAGGGGUUACUGGGGAGUUGCUGGUGGGUUCCUGCUGGAGGGAGAGCAGCAGUAAAUACAGAAGAGGUGGCAACUUCUGGGGACUUAGGUGUGGAGGGGGCAGGGAAUACCCUGGGUGAGGAAAGAGAGGGGGACAGAGUGUGACAAACCUGCUGGGACUUGUUUAACGUGAGCCUAGAAUCUAGGAACAAACGCUUGGAUGUUGGGGGAGAAAAUUCCCUAAUUUGUGAAACAGGAAAUACAGAAACCAACCCCCUGGGCAGGGCAGGGAAAACUGACCGAACUUCCAGUGCUGAACCCUCAGCCUGCUAGCCAGAGUCUUGUGUGGCAAGGAAAGAUGUAGGAAGGUGUAGGGAAGAUGUCCUGGCCCCUCACAUCCAGCUGCUGGUAGUGGAGAAGGUGUUGGGUUCCCUACCAUGGGGUUGUAUCAGCCUCUGGCUAGUAGCUGUGUGGUGGAUAUGCUGGGAGAGACAAGAGGCUCUCUCUUUGUUCUCUCACCAUGAUGCCCCCUGGCUGCUCUCAGCAGUGUGGGGAUAGGACUCUACCGACUGUUUCUCUCUCAGAGCUUCCAUUUGAUUCCCUCCUCUCCCCCAUGAAUAGUGGGGCUGUGAGUGGGGCAGCAGGUACUGAGUGUUGGAAUCCUGCUCUUUCAGGGGCUGGUGACCUUCGAGGAGGUGGCUGUGUAUUUCACCAUGGAAGAGUGGGCUCUGCUGGACCCCUCUCAGUGAGCCCUUUACAGAGACAUCAUGCAGGAGAACUAUGAGAAUGUGACCUCGCUGGGGUUUCCAGUUUCCAAACACUAUGUGAUCUCCCAGCUGGAAGGAGGGGAAGAGCCGUGGGUCCUGGAUCUCUCUGGUUCAGAGGAAAGCGAGAUCCUGAGAAGUCCCUGCACUGCAGGUGAUGGGGUGGUGAGGGAGAACGAGGAGCAGAAUCCUCACCAGGAAGAUGCUGAGCUAGUCGAAGCACAUGGCGAAUUACUGCGAAGAUCCAAAGGGAAUGUGUCCAGCCCCUGUGAGCAGGGAAAAGCUGAUGAAAGUUACCACAGACCAGAGAGAGAGCAGGGAAACCACUCAGAGGAGAGAAUGGAUGAAUCCAUUAAUUGUCAGAGAACUCACAGGGACCUCAAGGAAACUACAUCCCAGGAGAAAAUCCUCAGGGAAAAGAGAGAGAAUACAUGCAGUGAGUGUGGGAAAAACUUCAAUUACCACUCAGCCCUUAUUUGACAUGAGAUAAUCCACACAAAAAAGAGACCCUAUGAAUCCUGUGAGUGUGGGAAAAGCUUCACUCAGAGAUAUGCCCUUAUCUCUCAUCAGACAAUGCACACGGGAGAGCGACCCUACGAAUGUUGCGAGUGCGGGAAAAGCUUCACUCAGAGCUCAAACCUUACUACGCAUCAGAGGAUCCACACAGGAGAGAGACCCUAUGAAUGCAGUGAGUGUGGGAAAAGCGUCUCUCAAAGCUCAACCCUUAUUACACAUUACAGAAUCCACACAGGGCAGAGACCCUAUGAAUGCUGCAAGUAUGGGAAAAGCUUCACUUAUAGCUCAGGCCUUCUCUAUCAUCAGAGAAUCCGUAAAGGAGAUAAACUUCAUAAAUACAUUCUUUAGAGCUGUCAGAAGAUUUUUUUUUUUUAUUCUUUUGACAGUUCCCAGGUAGUGGUCUUUAAGGCUGUUUGCAUCUUUUGCACACUGUAGUCCCUCAGCUCCCACAUAUGAGUUGCCCACUUUUGAAGCCUACCCAUCUUUGGGGUGGAUCCUGUGGUCUUUUCUAUCAACAACAUUGUCCUGCAAGUCAUGGGAGUGGGUGGUCUUUUUACCAGGAAUGUCCAUCACCCCGAUGAGGGAGAUAGGGGGUGUCUUCAACCAGCUACAUUGAGGUAAAAUUUACCUGGGCCUCAUCACUGUGGUUGCCAUGUAGUUAGCUAGCUUGAGUUCACUUUCCUGAUGUAAAAAGACAGCUAUUCUUGCACUAAAGACAUGGGCAAUGGAUAGUGGGUGGGGUUAUCUUGCAUAUUUCCUCCUGAUCUGACCUAACCACCAUCACAUUUCCUUGUCUAAACAAACCUGGAGAAUCACAUUUAUACUCUUCCUCCCAGUGCAAAGUUAUUGUUAGAGACGUGAAGUUCCUCUUUGAGGACAGAUUGUCUUGUUCCCAGUUGUUCUCACAUUACCCUGGAUCAUGCUGAACAGCAGUUAUUUUGUUGACCAUUUUUCUCAUUUAAAACGUAUUUAAAUAUAGUGAAGAGCCUGAGCAGUGUCAGGGAAAUAAGGGUAAUUUCAGGCUCUGUGACACUGGAAGGAGAUGGGGUGACUCAGACAUUCCGUCCUUCCCCAUCACCCCAGAACUGUUACCUUUGGCUGAGCCAUGCACAGUUCCCCCCUUCAUAUUCCUUCACUUCCCAAAGUUUCUGGUGAGGUAGUAUUCUUAGCUAUCCGUGCUUGGGAAUGGUGCUUGGAUGUCUUUGAUCCUAAAUUAAUCACUCUGUCAGGAGAUGAAUGUGUCACAGACCUGGAAGGGGAUUUCAAAUGGAUCCCAAGCACCAUUCAAAUCCCAUUUCCCCUCAAUUGGCAAAGCCACUUCUGGGAAGAUUGGCUGUCUCCCCGCCCCCCCCUUUAUGAAGAUGCUAAAACUUUUGUAAAUAACACUAAUGAGACAGCACUAAAUGAAGCAGGUUUUAUGGGAGAAUCUCUCAUCCUGAUUCUGAGUUAUCAGAUGUAACCUACUCUGGAACUUCCCUUUAAAUGAAAAUGAAAGUGUCUUCUACCUCUCUGUGAUACGGGUUUUCUAUCUUUCAUAAAGGCUCCUUGGUCAUAUAACGUUUGACACACGUAGCUCAGAUUUAUUGGGAAAUUUCAGACAAAUGACCAUCAUUCUUUACUUCAGGUUUGUUUUUCCCCCUAUCCCUGCAUGGUGACAUGGAGAAAAUUCAAAUGCAGUUCAGUCAACAGGAGAGACUACUCCAAGCUGUUGGACAUAUUAUCAAAGAAACUGUAGUGUGUUUAAACCUCCACUCUGAAAAGGUGAACAGCGGCAGACCCCAAACCAUGUAACUGAUGGAAGUAAGUGCACAUGAUCACAAAGUAAUUCAGUUGUUUAAGGCAAUAUUGUCUCAGAUGAUCCAGGGAUAGAAUUCCACAGCAAGUGACUUGGAACUAGGCAAAAUGCCCAGGUAUUUGGUUCCCAAGGUAUUUGUAACCCAGUCCCUACAUGAGGUUACUCCUGAGGAGAUCUCCUAGCUAAUCCCAACAUUUGGGAAAUGCUGUCUGUGAUGAGGUGCAUCAACCCUGCACUGGCACUGCUAGGGUUAACUGCACCCUGUGGGCUGAAGAGGCCACAUCCCCUCGCCCUCUCUGGGCAUGGGCCGACUGGAGACAGAGUAUAAAAGGGAGCAGCUCAGCUCAGCCUGGGUGGACUGAGGAGGAGAGAAAACCUAUGUUGUGGGCUCCUGACAGGAAGCUGCUAGACCCCCAGGCUGCAACGUCAAGCCGCACUGAGGCCCCUGCAGACACCCAGUCAACUGCCAAGGAUGGCCAAGAAGAGACGCCGGAUGCCAGGACAUUAGCAAUGCUGGAAGUAAGGGUGGGAAGUGACCCAGGGAACGGGACUGUUGCAGUGAGAGAUCAAGCCUGGACACAGGAGUAUUGGUUCCUCAAGGCCCUGGGUCAGGACCUGGUGGAGUAGGGUGGUCCCAGGUUCCUCUACCCAACACUGCACCCACCACUGGAUGGAGUCACCACCUGAAAAGAAGCUGUCUUGACCCAGGGGAGAUUUCUUUCCCCCCAAACCCCUGCCUUCUUCCUUAUGUGGCCACACACCCUGCCACAGGAUGUAUCAACCCCAUGACACUGCCAAUAAUGAUGUAGAUGUGGAGGAAACAGAAGUGGUGGUUUUUUUGAACUCACCAUUUGUGGGUGAUAUAAAUGUGUGUAGGAUGAAAUCAGUGUUGAAUGUGAGAUGGCUGCAGAAAAAAUAGCUAUUUUUUAAUAGAAACCUCAUCUCUGUCAUCUUAUAGAGAUUCUGGUCCAGGCCUGUAUCUAAUCCCUAAGCACAACUAUACUCAAGGGUUCACUGGUGGAAAAAGGGGAUUAAAAGAAAACUAACACAUAUGAGAAGAUUCUUUAAUUAUUGAAUAUAUACUGUUACCAAUCAAAAUGAAGUUAAACAUGAAGUUACUCUUUAAUGAAGAAGAGACUUAAUUAUGUGAUCAACUGAAUUAUACUGGAAAAAUAAAACUUCAGUUCUUUUUCUUUUAGUUAGUAAUAUAGGAAAUGGUGGCUAAUCCUGAAAAGCUUCUUUGAUAUAACUUACCUCCUUUGACCUAAAAUGUCCUGAUGUAAAACCUCACUGCAAAGGUUCGGGUGGGGGAAUGUGUGUGAGAAAUAGUGUAGAGAAUACUGACCCACUAUAAAUUUGAAUGAUUUGUAUUUCAAAUGGAACUUAUUUUCAUUAGGUUCAAAGUCAAUUUCUAUGUAGGUAUGU